CUGGUGGGAGAGCCAGCGGCCACCGGGCAGUCCUCGCCAGCCUGAUGCGGCUCCUCCCACCUGCCCGCCUGGGGACCCAGUAAGAUGAUCAGAAGUGCAAGGUCAUUUAGAGAAAAGUUCAGAUUAUGGAAGGACAAAUGGGCCCUUUGUUGCCAGUCUUGCUUGAGAGACUUAACCAUUUAUGUGCGUCAGAAAUGCAAAGGGAGUCCCUGCAAAGUUCUUCACUGCCGCAAUUUCUGCCCCAAAGUUAGUUCUCCAGGGCAUAAGGAUCAAGCUCCCAUACAACUGCAGUAGAAAUACAGAAAUCAUAACAGGACUACAAUGGAUGCUAAAAAGCCAAAGAAAUGCAGUUUGACAUCCUUCCAAGUUUUGAAAGCAAGAAAGAAACAGAAUGUUAAUCCUGUGAAGGUUGAGAGUAAGCCUUUGGUUCAAGUCCAGAAGUCAUCUCUCAAGAUCAAGAACCUCAGAGUGACUCGAAUCUUGCCCAAGAAUACAAACACCAGCAUUACUUCACUCCCUUUUGUGGAUACCAAGGGGAAGAAGAACAUGGUUAACUUCCCACACAUCAGCAACAAAACCUUGCUAAAGCCACUCCUGCUGUAUCAGGAGAAUCAGACUCAUGAUCAGAUGUCAGCUUCUAAGCUCAAGCCUUCAGAAAUGCCUUUCCAUUCAAGCAUUAAAACUCAAGAUCCCAAGCCAGAGGAGAAACCACCAAGAAAGCACAAGGUGCCUCUGACAGCAGCAGAGGCCCUAAAGUUUUUUAAGAACCAGCUGUCUUCUUAUGAGCAAAGUGAAAUCCUGGGCUACACGGAGCUGUGGUUCCUGGGGCUGGAAGCAAAGAAGCUCCACGUGACUCCUGAGAAGUUCAGCAAAACGAGUUUUGAUGAUGAACAUGGCUCCUAUAUGAAGGUCCUGCAUGACCACAUUGCCUACCGCUAUGAGGUGUUGGAGAUGAUCGGGAAAGGGUCCUUUGGACAGGUGGCCAAGUGCUUGGAUCACAAAAAUAAUGAGUUGGUGGCCUUGAAAAUCAUCAGGAACAAGAAGAGAUUUCACCAUCAGGCACUGGUGGAGCUGAAGAUCCUGGAAGCUCUCAGAAGGAAGGACAAAGACAACACCUACAAUGUGGUGCACAUGAAAGACUUUUUCUAUUUUCGCAAUCAUCUCUGCAUCACCUUUGAACUCCUGGGAAUCAACUUGUAUGAGCUGAUGAAGAAUAAUAGAUUUCAAGGCUUCAGUCUGUCAAUAGUUCGGCGCUUCACCCUCUCUGUUUUGAAAUGUUUGCAAAUUCUUUAUGUAGAGAAAAUCAUUCACUGUGAUCUCAAGCCCGAGAAUAUAGUGUUAUACCAAAAGGGCCAAGUCUCUGUUAAAGUCAUUGAUUUUGGAUCAAGCUGUUAUGAACACCAGAAAGUAUAUACUUAUAUCCAAAGCCGGUUCUACAGAUCCCCAGAAGUGAUUCUAGGCCAUCCCUACAACAUGGCCAUUGAUAUGUGGAGCCUGGGCUGCAUCAUGGCUGAGUUGUACACGGGCUACCCUCUGUUCCCUGGGGAGAAUGAAGUGGAGCAGCUAGCCUGUAUCAUGGAGGUGCUGGGCUUGCCGCCAACCCACUUCAUUCAGACGUCCUCCAGGAGACAGACCUUUUUUGAUUCCAAAGGUUUUCCUAAAAAUAUGACCAACAAAAGAGGGAGAAAAAGAUACCCGGAUUCCAAGGAUCUCACGAUGGUGCUGAAAACCUAUGAUGCCAGCUUCCUGGACUUUCUCAGAAGGUGUUUGGUAUGGGAACCUUCUCUUCGCAUGACCCCUGACCAGGCCCUCAAGCAUGCUUGGAUUCAUGAGCCACGGAAUCUCAAGCCAUGUUCCAGGCCCCAGACCCUGAGGAAAUCCAGUGUCUGUUUCCCCUCUGAGGCUCAGAAGGACAAGGUUCAAGGGCAUCCUCACUUGGGCAAAAAAGAGGUGACCAUCAAAGAAGGGACCAGAGACAAACUGAAAGGUGGCAUCACUGAGCAGGUUCAGCAUUCAAGUGACCAGCAGGGCAUUCUCCAGCAUGCACCUGAAGCUAUCCGGUUGCCUCAGCUAACAGAAGCUUCCAAAAAGCCGGAGGCACUUGUUGGACCAGAGGAGUCCAAGACGUCCUCAGGGCAUCAAAGUAAAGACUCCUCAUCUAAGAGCAUGAAUAUUUUACCACCUAUUGUAUGACCUUUGCUGAAGGUGUGUCCUGUUCAUUUCCACCAAUGAUUUUUAUUAGAGACAACACUUAUAUUGUACGAUAUUACAGAUGGUUGUUUUUUAAUGCAUAAAGGUUUGUUUUUAAAAAAA